AUGCUUGAAGAGAUUAGGCUUUACAUGAUGGAAAGGGCUUUCAAUCUAAAACAAGAGGCUGAAAACUGGGUUGGUGAAGUUUGUCCUUCCGCGGUAACAAAGAUGGAAGAAUUUGGAGAAGACAUUAAAUUAUGGGAACUUUCAAGAAUACCUUGUGUGCAUGCACAAGUGGCAAUAUUGUACACCAAUCAAGAUCCAGCUAACUUUAUAAGUAGUUGGUUCAACAAGAAUAAUUACAAGGCAACUUAUGAUCAGAAUAUACACCCAGUUAAUGGAAGUAUCUUAUGGGAAGAAACAAGUUACACUAAGCCCCUUCCACCAAUUGAAAGGAGGAUGCCAGGAAGGCCUAGAGUUAAAAGAAGAAGACAUGUUUCAGAAAAUCAAGACAAGUGCUCUCAAGUGUCAAGCAAGGGUAGAACUAUCCAGUGUGGUGGAAGGGCAGGUGGAAGGGUUGGUGGAGGAAGGAGUAGAGGUAGUGGAAGGGGAUCUAGUGGAAGAGGCAAUAGAGGUGGUGUUAGGGGAUUUAGUGAAGGAGUCCAAACAGAAUAUGGGGAGGGUACUUCUGAGUUUCCUAAAUGUGAGCCUGAACUUGUUGCCAUUCCAAAUGUUGAGAGUGAAAAUGAUGCAAGUCAAGAUUUUCACAAUCAUAUAAGCUUAACAAUUGACAACCUAAGGAAAUCUUUAUACACUACAGAAGAGAUCAUGGACUGUCUUGGACUCAGUGAAGCAGAAUUACAACAAAUUGAAGGUCUUGGAUUGAGUGAAGCAGAAGUACAACAAAAUGAAGAUGUGGAUGUUGCUAUGUCACAAGAUGUUGGAAUUGCUAGCCAAAUAACAGUUGAAGAGCUCCCUACAAAUCAAUUACUUGGAGAUGAGGAAAGGAUGAAUGAGGAGGAUAGCAUAGAUAAGCCAGGGAUGGGUGAGGUAAUGACGAAUGAGGAAAGGAUGGAUAGUGAGAGAGAAAUACCUAUCACACAACAAUUGAAUCAAGUCAUAAGGAGGACUACAAAGAGAAGCAAAGUGAAUCAAGUCAGGAGGAGGAAGCCUUCAGAAAGGAUAAUAGAGAUCAAGUUGGAAAAGGUGGUAGUUGUCAAGAAUGGAAAGGAGAUGAGUUCAUCCAACCCUCUUAGUCUAGAUUAG